AUGGUGUCGAAGGUUCAGAAGGGCACGAAGCGCCCAGCUCAGGAGCCCGCAGCGAGCGAGGCCAAGAAGCAGAAGGAGAUGCUGCGGAAGCACGGCGUGGCGAAGUCAACUUACGAUGGCAUCGUCGAAGCCAUCCAGCACCCGUUGGCAGAGAACUUGCCGGUCUCCGUUCGCCGGAUGCUUUUGGCAAUGCUUCCAGAGGGCCUCUGUGUUCCAGAAGACAAGCGGCACAAGGCCCAAUCGAGUUAUGUGAACAUGGUCUCCGAGAUCUUUGAGGGCAUCUUGAAGAAGUUAAACGACAGCGUGGAUGCUGCUUCGGCAGAAGUCGCCCGCAUCGAAGCAUCCAAGUCUAGCUUGGAAUUGAAAGUGACGGAGUGUGACGAAGCCCUGCAAGCUGCAACAACCAAUGCGGUCGAGUGCAAAGUAAAGUUGGCUGAUGCCACCAAAGCAGUUCUUGCUUGCAAAUCGAAUUUGGGUGACAAGGAGAAAGUGCAGAAGGAAGGAGAUGUUGCUUUUCAGGCCGCGAAGGCGGAGAAAGUCGCUCUUGAAGGAGCACUCUCCGAAGAUUUUCGCUUGCUUCGAGACGGUGAGGUUGAAGGAGCACUUGCGGAAACCCACUACAAGAAGCUGGAAGUAUUGGCCAGCAAUCUUGACUUGGAAGCCAGCUUGAUGUCAGCCCUGCCUACCUGUAUGGUAAAGAAGCCUGCUGAACGUGGAUCCUUUGACACCAUGGUGGUUGCGCAGCUCCAGGACAAGAUUGCCAAGCGAGUCGCGGACUUGGUUGAGAUCAUCCAGUCGGGUGAGCCAAGUGCCGCAGCACGGCAGCAGGCAGUCGACAGUGCCGCCAGAGAUCUGGAUGCCGCAAAGCAGGUGCAGCAACAGGAGGCAGAGGCCUUGCAAGCUGCCACAGACCUUCAGAAAGCAUGCGAGAGCCGCAGGGCAGAAGCGUUGUUGAAUGUGGAACAGCACGAGCCCCAGCUCACGGCAGCCAAGAAGACCAUGGUCGACAAUGAGAUCGAACGGGAUGUGUUCCAAGACCGCAACCUCGUCUGCUUCAAGACGCUUCAGAACCGACAAGCCGAGAUAAAGACGAAGGACAUGUCUGGAUCGCGUCAGCUGGAGACGGCUGAGGCAGGGGCUUGA